UCUGCCUUAUGUGUCUGAUGGACGAUCAUAAAGACCACGACACAGUCACAGCUGCUGCAGAACGGACUAACAAACAGGUGCAGUUGGGGCAGAGCCAGAGGAGAUUCCAGCAGAGAAUCCAGGAGAGAGAGAAGGAGCUGCAGGAGCUGAGGAAGGCUGUGGAGACUCUCAAGAGCUCUGCACAGACAACAGUGGAGGACAGUGAGAGGAUCUUUACUGAGAUGAUCCGCUCCAUUGAGAGAAGGCGCUCUGAGGUGAAAGAGCUGAUCAGAGCUCAGGAGAAGGCUGAGGUGAGUCGGGCUGAAGAACAUCUGAAGCGAAUGGAACAGGAGAUUGCUGAGCUGAAGAGGAGAGAUGUUGAGCUGGAGAAGCUUUCACACACAAAAGAUCACAUCCAAUUCCUCAAGAAUAUCCCAUCAAUCAGAGACUCUCCUCACUCUAAAGACUUACCCAGCGUGACCUUCAACCAGAGUUUCUCUUUUGAGGUGGUGAAGGAAUCUGUGUCUGCAGUGAAGGUGCAGCUGAAGGAGAAACUGGAUGGCAUCUUCAAGCAGGAAGUACUGAUCCUGAACUUCCAGUCAAAAGAAUUGACAGUAUGGAACACCUGCCACCAGCCAGUAAGUCUGAAUGAUUCUGACAGCCUCUAA